UAAGAAAAAAAACAUUUAUGUCGAUUACAUAUCUGUGGCAGUACAAUUUCAAGUAUUAAAAAUUAGUAUUUUAUCUGUGCUAAUUUGUUCGCGCGAAAAGUGCUUGUCAAAUGUGUUAACUAACAAUAGUUUGUUUUUACAAAUUGGUAUAAGAAAAUUACAGUGUUUAUAUUUAUAUAGUAUGUAUUGUAAAGUGUUCGUAAGUUAUAUUUUCUUGUUUGUUAUACAAACGAACGGACAAUAUGAAGGUGACAGAUGUACAGAUAAAGGCUCGGUGGGUGUAUGUACGAACUUACGGAACUGCAAGUCCGCUGUAGAUGACAUCAAGAAUCGCAGAGGAAAUCCUAGUGUAUGUUCGUUCUUAGGCCCCGAUACUAUUGUUUGCUGUGUGGACAAGCAUAGCCCGACUACUUACCGACCAACUGUCGCCACUACGAGUACUAAGAGACCAGAUCCGACUAAAGAAUAUGUACCACCGGUCUAUGACUAUGUAAUGAAUGGUGAUGCCGACGCCUCACUAGACGAAUGCGAAGCGAUACCUGCCAACAUGACGGCGAAAAAGACCGGUCAAAAGGCGUGGGACAAAUGCAUUGAAUACCAGCAUAAGUUAGUCUACCCUUGCGAGAGGGCGGUGGCCCUGGCCGGCAAAAUGGGGAGAGGUAACAAGUGCAAGCACAACGCCGUCGACCUCAUCGUUGGUGGUGUUCCUGCUGCAUUUAAUGAAUUUCCUCAUAUGGUACUGUUGGGCUACGAAAAGAAUGAUGUGAUGUUUUGGCUGUGUGGGGGGACGUUAUUGAGCGAACGGUUCAUCCUGACAGCGGGACAUUGCACUUCCAGCAGGGAAUUCGGUAAAGUGAAAUACGCCAGAAUAGGCGUACUGAGACGAACCGAUCCGUUAGAUCCGAGCCGCUUUUACAAGAUCCAAAACGUCAUCAAGCACUCAGAUUAUCUUCCACCGAUGAAAUAUAACGAUAUCGCUCUACUGGAGACGGAUAGAGAAAUGCAGCUGGACGAGCUGGCGGUGCCGGCGUGCCUGGACGUGGGCGCGCCCAACGCGUACGGCAGCGCGCAGGCGGCGGGCUGGGGCGCCACGCUGAACCGCGGCGCCACCGCCGACCAGCUGCAGAAGGUAAUUCUGGAGAAAUUCUCGACACCAGAAUGCGCAGAGGUGUUCCCACCGGAGCGCAAACUGCCCAACGGCUUCGAUGAGAACACGCAAAUAUGCUACGGCGACAAGUACAUGUCCAAGGACACUUGUCAGGGGGACAGCGGGGGCCCCCUCCAUCUGAAGCACAGACAGAUCCACUGCAUGUACACGGUGGUGGGGGUGACGUCGUACGGGCGCGCGUGCGGCGUGGCGGGCGAGCCGGGGAUCUACUCGCGCGUGGCGGCCUACGUGCCGUGGAUAGAGUCCAUCGUGUGGCCCUGAACGCGCCACAGAUUAUAUAUUCGAUGUUAUAUCAUAAAUUAAAAAAAAAAACUUCUGAAUACUUUUAUUUAAUUUGCCAACAAGAAUAAUUAUGUUAAAAAAAAAUUGCUCAUUUGAUUUGCUGCGA